AGAGAGAGAGAGAGAGAGAAGGAAAUGUUUGCAAGAGAGAACGGGUUGCAUGGAGACCCAAGGUUGAAAGCCAUAUCAGAAGCGAUUAGAGUUGUGCCACACUUUCCAAAACCAGGAAUAAUGUUCCAAGACAUCACGACGCUUCUACUUGAUCAUAAGGCUUUCAAACACACUGUUGACAUAUUUGUUGAUCGUUACAGAGACAUGGACAUCUCUGUUGUUGCUGGAGUUGAAGCUAGGGGGUUCAUGUUUGGCCCUUCAAUUGCCUUGGCUAUUGGUGCAAAGUUUGUUCCCCUACGUAAACCUAAAAAGUUGCCAGGUGAAGUGAUAUCAGAAAAUUAUGUGUUAGAAUAUGGAACCGAUUGUUUAGAGAUGCAUGUUGGGGCUGUUCAGCCUAGGGAGCGUGCAUUAGUCAUUGAUGAUUUGGUAGCUACUGGGGGGACCCUUUCUGCAGCAAUUAGACUUCUGGAACGUGUUGGGGCUGAUGUAGUCGAAUGUGCAUGUGUUAUUGGGUUGCCUGAGAUCAAGGAAGAGCAGAGACUGAAUGGAAAACCAUUGUAUAUACUUGUGGAACCUCGCCAAUGAAACUUGUUUGUUGAGGUACAUUGUUCUUCCUAGCCUCAGUUGCAAUCUCAAUGGGUUAUUGUUUGUAGUGCAUUUGCACAGAUUACUGGCGAGUCUACAUUAUUUCUUACGUUUAAGUUUUCUAAGAGCUAGAGCUAUUCUGU